CUUCAGCCCCGCCCCUGCCCGUGUAGGGAGCUCCGCUCCUGACCCCGCCCCUGCAUGGCGCUCCGGAAACCGGCUGCUCGCGGGACCUGCCCUCCCGCCAGGCCUGGUAGGGGCGGAACCCAGCCUGCAGCUGCCAGGACCCGAGCGGCGCGAGGUGAGCCUCCGUCCAGAAGUCUGCAGUUCUCGGCCAUGGCAGUUCCCGCACGCACUUUCUCAAUGCUCCGCAGCUACCUGGGCCGAGUCCCGGGGCUGGGCGGGGGCGCAGCGUGGCUCGUGGGGGCCCAGGGGGCGGCUGGCCCCACGUUCCGGGGCUUUCAGAGCAGCGGAGUGAGACAUGAUGCCAUUGUUAUCUCAGGAACUGAAAUGGCCAAACAAAUCCAGAAGGAAAUACAGCAGGGUGUGGAGGCCUGGAUUUCCCUCGGGAACAGAAGACCUCACCUCAGUAUUGUUUUAGUGGGCGAUAACCCGGCCAGCCAUACCUAUGUCAGGAAGAAGCUCAGAGCCGCCUCUGCUGUAGGUAUCUGCAGUGAGGUCAUUCUAAAACCCAAGGAUGUUUCCCAGGAAGAACUUUUGGAUAUAACUGAUCAAUUGAACUUGGACCCACGAGUCAGUGGCAUAUUAGUUCAGUUGCCACUGCCAGACCACGUGGAUGAGCGAACAGUAUGCAACGGGAUUGCCCCCGAAAAGGACGUAGAUGGAUUUCAUAUUAUCAAUAUUGGAAGACUGUGCCUUGAUCAGCAUUCUCUCAUACCUGCCACUGCCAGUGCUGUCUGGGAAAUAAUCAAAAGGACAGGAAUCGAAACAUUUGGGAAAAACGUGGUUGUGGCUGGAAGAUCCAAGAAUGUAGGGAUGCCCAUCGCCAUGCUGUUGCACACCGAUGGAGAACACGAGCGGCCGGGAGGUGAUGCCACUGUGACAAUAGCUCACAGAUACACCCCCAAAGAACAACUGAAGAUCCAUACUCAGCUGGCAGAUAUUGUCAUAGUCGCUGCAGGUAUUCCAAAGUUGAUUACAUCUGAUAUGAUUAAAGAAGGUGCUGCUGUAAUUGAUGUUGGAAUCAACUAUGUCCAUGACCCAGUGACAGAAAAGACAAAAUUAGUUGGAGAUGUGGACUUUGAAGAUGUUAAGAAGAAGGCUGGCUUCAUUACUCCGGUGCCGGGGGGUGUGGGGCCCAUGACGGUGGCGAUGCUUCUGAAGAACACCCUCCUGGCCGCUCAGAGAGCCGUUUACUAAACCACAGGGAAGAACACAGCAAGCGGAAGUUAUGCUGUUUAUUUAUUUGUCAAAGGGAAAGAAACCUUUAUAUUUUACUACAAAGCUAUUUAUUUCUGCAUUAUUUAUUUUUUCAUGGAUGGAAUCAUUGUGGAUGAGAGGAUUCAUGUAACUUUAUACAUUUCCUGCUAACAGAUUUUGAGUUUUAGGGGGAAAAAAACAAUUCCAAUGAAAACUUUGGUAACAGUUGUUUAUUUUGUGAAUAAUAUUUGUUCAUAAUGUUAAAACCAGUAAAGGGCUCAUAAUAAAUAAUAUAUUUUUGACACAAUUAAAUAUUACACACUGUAUGUUUUCAACAAAUGUUUGUCAGCCAAAUGGGCACCCAUGUAAAAUGUAAUUUAUGUUUUACCAUAAACAUACUCCAUUUUUAUAUAUUUUAUGUUCUAUACAUACACUUAAGAAGAACUAACUUGCUAAAAGAAAGAUAAAAUAUAAAAAAUUAAAAUCUUGAUCUUAUGUGUCCCCCAAAUUUAUCCCAUGAGGCAUCCUAAUAAGAAAUGAUGUUCCA